UAAAAACGAAGAAGAAAGUCACUCCGGUAGAAAAUGGCUCUCGUGGAGAACUGGUGUAAUGUCGCUCCGAUCUGACUGCGGCGUAUCAGUAUUUAUCGGCAUGCGUGAUCGUUCCUAAUUUCAUCCAAAAUGUUCAAAAAGGCCAAACGAGCUAACUUCCGACGAAGGAACGCGUCCGACGAGGAAGAGCACGAGGAGAAGGUGCAGCCGAUGCUGGCGCCGACGUUGUUCGGGCCUGUUUUGGAGGAAGUGCCGUUCCUGGAGACGUCCAACAACAACAACAACAGCAGCUACAACGUCAGCUUAGCCCCCAGUAGUAACGGUUUUACGGGCGGCUUUAACAGCAGCAGAGCCUCCAAGAAGGACAAGAAGCCGAAAGAAAGCAGUGCGGUGGUGUUUGGACCCACCAAAGCGAGCCUGCUGAGUUUCGACGAUGAAGAAGAAGAAGAAGGAGUCUUCAAUGUCUUCAGAGUAAAGAAGCCCACUCACAGCAAGAAAAUAGUCAAGCAGCUGAAGAAGGAAUAUAAAGAUGAUUUGGAGAAGGGUGGCGUUGCCAAAUCAGACACUCCGCCUCAUCCUGCUGUCACGGUCAAAGAGGAAGUCGUCGUCUCCAGCAAUGUGGGCAAAGAAGAAAUGGAGGUGGACAGCGCUGACGACCAGGGGGAAGAUGUGAAAGAUCAAGGAACGAGUCAGGUGUCCAAGAGCAUCAGCAACCCAGGAGCGACAUUCAGUACUCUCUCCUCCCUCAGCACUCUCAGACCUGGUGAGAUCCCUGACGCAGCCUUCAUUCACGCUGCCAGAAAGAGGCGACAGCUAGCCAGAGAGCUGGGUGGAGACGCCCCCCUGGUCGAGACAGAAACACCAAAGAAACGCAUGACACAAGAUGACCAAGAUGGCAGCGACGACGAAGACGAGGACGAGAAGAGGAUUAGCUUUAGCGGCGUGAAGAGCAAAACACAGAGGCAAAAGAUCGCAGAGGAGAUAGGUAUCGAGGGGAGUGAUGACGAGGCGCUGGAUACUGGUGCUGAUGAGGAAGUCAGUCGGUGGGAGCAGGAGCAGAUUAGGAAAGGAAUCAGCAUACCUCAGGUCCAAAGCAGCCAACCAGAGGACAGCACAGCCUACUAUCAGAACAGCUACGGGGCUCAGCCUUAUGGCGCUUCCUACAGCAUGCCCUUCACAUACAGCACUGCGCCCUCGCAGACCUGCAAGACCCUUGGCCUGGCAGACAACAGUUCUGUUCACUUUGGCGUCUCUGUUAGUGACUUAGCCCCAGUGUCCAUUGAUCUGGUAAAGAAACGCCUCCAGGAUAGGCUCAGCCACAUGCGCACAAGCCGCGACGCCAAUGCUAAACGCUACAGUCAGAUCCAAGAAGACUUAACUGCCUCAGAGAAGACCAUUCAGCAGCUGGACGGCUCGUCCAAUGACAAUGCAGAUCAAUAUAAAUUCUUGCAAGAGAUGCGAGGGUAUGUUGGAGACUUGCUUGAGUGUUUCGGUGAAAAGGUGCCUGCUGUCCUGGAGCUGGAGGCUGCCAUGCACCAGUUACUAAGGCAACGGGCCUCUCGACUGGUCCAGAGAAGACAGGAUGAUAUAAAAGAUGAAUCGGCGGAGUUUGCAAGCCUUUCAAAUAAAGCCAUCAUGGCUCCCAAUCUGGAUACUUUUGGUCGCGACCGCACAAUGUACCAAGAGAAUAAUCGUCAGAGGAGGAUAGCAGAAAGAGAGGCGCGACGAGCUCGCCGGCGUCAAGCUCGAGAGCAGAAUGGAAAGUGGGCGGAGCACAAAGAAGGUCUGUCGUCUGAUGAUGAGGAGACGUCUACAGACAUCACCAGCUUCGACAUGGAGCACGAUCGUAUCGCAAAAGAAUGUAAGAAAGUGUUUGAGGAUGUGGUGGAAGACUUUCAUUCCCUGGAUUACAUCAAAUCCCAGUUUGAAGUUUGGAGGCGGGACUACGCCGACUGCUACAGAGAUGCGUACAUAGGCCUAUGCCUGCCCAAACUCUUCAGCCCUUUGGUUAGACUGCAGCUUAUCACAUGGAACCCUCUUGAGGCGCAGUGUACAAACUUUGAGUACAUGCUCUGGUUUGAGUCACUGCUGUUCUAUGGAUUUGAGGAGAACAACACAUUGCAGAAAGGAGAUAGCGACAUCGGCCUGCUGCCUGCUAUUGUGGAAAAGGUCAUUCUCACCAAACUGACAGCGAUCUCAGAACAAGUGUGGGACCCGUUAUCGAGCAGCCAGACUGCCAGACUGGUGGCCUUCAUUCGCAGACUGAUAAAAAGCUACCCAACUGUGCUCCAUGGGGACAACCAAUACACACAGGAGCUGUUAAAAACUAUUGUCAUGCGGGUGCGGCGGACACUCGAUGAGGAUGUUUUCCAGCCCCUCUACCCCAAAAAUUUGCUGGAAAACAAGAACAGCGGUCCUUACUUAUUCUACCAGAGGCAAUUCUGGACUUGUGUGAAGCUGUUAGGAAACAUUUUGCAAUGGGAAGGGAUUCUCUCGACUUCCUGCUUAAAAGACUUGGCUUUAGACAGCACUCUGAAUAGAUACAUCCUCUCUGCACUGCAGACCACCGAUACCAACGAGGACAAUGUUUACAAGUCCCAGAAGGUUGUGGAAUAUCUGCCAGCACAUUGGUUCUCUGGGCUGAAGCACCAGCAGACGCUGCCUCAGCUAGAGCCUCUGUGUCGUUACCUCGUGCAUUUGGCCAACUCUUUGUACCGCAGCAGCCAGGGGGCGGCUGAUACCCAACGACGGGCGACAAAGGAGCAAGUGAAAGAGAUUGUAAAGAUGCUGGCCCACAUGAAGGCGGUGGACCACAUCAUCACUCUGGCAGCAGAGCAAGGCAUCAAGGACAUUAAAGCUCUUUUGGAAGCCAAGUCAUAGACCGCCAUCAGUAUCAGUAAACAACUCCUCACUCAACUACUGUAUAGACAUUUCCAUCUCUGCAGUCAGUUUGCCCGUGGAAGUGAAGUGUAAAUACUGUGAAUAAUGUACAGAAAUGUUUGUUUUCUUUAAUGCGCUUGUCUAACACUUUUCCUGUAAAGUUCACCUCCCUUCCUAAUGCAGUUGGACUCAUCAAGUGACAGAUGAGUUGAUGUAAAAAGUGUCCAACUGUUUUUACCUCAGCAACUCUUUACCAUCUGUUCUUAGUGACUUUAGUUAGAAACAGCACACAGGACAAAGAUACAUGUCUCACCAUCAGCACUGAUUGAACCUAUUGUUUGGGAAUAAAACAUACAGUUGAAAGUG